AUCACCCAAAUGAAAAGGAUGAAGGAAGAAGGAAGAAGGAAGAAGGAAGAAGAAAGAAAGAAGAAGAAGAAGAAGAUGGAAAUCCCUCUCCUGAUUGUCUCACUGAUCUUUCUCUACUUCUUUUCCUCUGCUCUCUCAUCUUCUGUGGUCACCUAUUUACCUGGAUUCCAAGGCCCCCUUCCCUUCUACUUAGAGACAGGGUACGUGGAGGUGGACCAGGACCACGGCGGUGAGUUUUUCUACUACUUCAUCGAGUCGGAGAACAAUCCGACAGAGGACCCCCUGCUCCUCUGGCUGACCGGCGGUCCCAGGUGCUCUGCCUUCAGCGGAUUAGUCUUCGAAAUCGGCCCCUUGAAAUUUGUGACAGCCGAGUACAACGGGAGCUUGCCAAGCUUGGUCUACCAUCCUUAUUCCUGGACCAAGGUAGCCAACGUAAUCUUUGUAGAUUCCCCAUUGGGUUCUGGAUUCUCAUACUCAAGAAAAUAUGAAGGGUAUGAUGCCAACGAUACUAUUUGGUCCGAACAGGCUUAUAAGUUUCUUAUACAGUGGCUUGUUGAGCAUCCACAGUUCAUCUCCAAUCCCCUCUACGUUGCUGGGGAUUCAUAUGCUGGAAAAAUUGUACCUAUGGUGGCCAAAAGAAUAUUGGAUGGAAUUGAUGAAGGGAAAGAGCCACUACUUAACCUCCAGGGUUACAUUAUUGGCAACCCAACCACAGGUGGAAAAGUCGAUAAGAAUUCUAAAAUACCUUAUGCUCACAGCAUGGGGAUCAUAUCAGAUGACUUCUUUGAGAUGAUACAAAAAAGUUGCAGCGGACAAGCCUAUGAAAACCCCACCACUUCACAAUGUCAGAUGUAUCUUAACUCAUUUACCAAUCCAUUCUUAUCGGAAAUUAAUGAGGCACACAUUUUAGAAAUGUAUUGUCCUGAGUGUCAAUGGAAACCCCUGUCUAGUCGUGCAAGCACAACUUCUGAUAAACGAAUUUUGAAGGAGAAUAAAAACAUUCUUCAUCCACCAUCAUUUCCCGAUCAGAAUUGUCGAUGUUAUGUUUAUGCUCUGGCUUACUAUUGGGCUAACAACGACACUGUGAGGACGGCACUCAAUGUCAAAAAGGAGACAAUUAAAGAAUGGGUAAGGUGUAAUCAUCACUUACCAUACCCAAAAGAGCUCAAGAGUAAUAUCAAGUAUCAUUUCAGCCUUUUGCAAAGAGGAUAUCGUGCUUUGGUUUACAGUGGUGAUCAUGAUCUAGUGGUACCUUUCUCGGGGACAAAACAAUGGAUAAAGUCCUUGAAUUCUUCUAUUGUGGAAGACUGGAGAUCUUGGCAUGUUGGUGGUCAAGUUGCUGGGUAUACCAUGACAUAUUCCAAUAAUUUGACAUUUGCAACUGUGAAGGGUGCUGGACACACAGCUCCAGAGUAUCGACCACAAGAAUGUCUAGCUAUGAUCAUGAGAUGGAUUUUUGGUGAACUGCUAUGAUAUAUUUUUCUUCCCUCCAUCAUGGAGUUUUAUCUUAGUAUGAACAAGAUCAAGGAAAACAUUAUUAAUGCCUUUCUUUACUCUAUUAUCAUGGUGAUUGUUAUUGUAUAUUGUUUUUCCUCUAUCAAACUUUUCCUCUAUUGAGGUAUGAGCAUUGAGCAUCUUUCUGACUGAAAGAUGAGUUCAAAUUGCUAAAGUUUAGACAUUUUGUUUGUUCAAAUGGUGUAAAAACUAAAUCUCCAAAUUGUUGCA